CCCCACGAACUACGAAUCCUGAAAACACACAAAACCUCAGAUAAAACUCCAUCCUUUACAAACACCGUCCUCCUGUUUCCUCGCAUAGUUCUCAGGAAAGUAAGAGCCGAUUGAAAGACAACCAGAUAGAAGCGUAGAAGAUUUUCCCAAAUGCUGGAAUCAUGAAGUUUAUGGCUUCAAAUGCACUUAAUUUCAUGCAAUUUUCGCAUCCAAUCCUUCCUUCAACUACAUCUCUCGGUCGAAUUCAGCUAGUUCCAUCAUGUUCUUCAUCGUGUAGCAACCAUAGUUCAGCUACCAAAACUCGCUCCAGAGACCGAAAUUUUACUUUCCACAAGUUUCGGCAGCACAGAGUUUUCACUCCAAAAGCUUCAAAUUCGGACACAGACCUGGUGGUAGCCUCCCCAAAUGUAGAGGAAGACGUCGAGUCUGCUCAGCUAUUCGAGAAAUUAAAGGAUGCUGAGAGACAACGGAUAAAUAAGUUGGAAGAACUUCAGAGGAAGGCGAAUUUACAAUUAGAAAGGCAGCUUGUAAUGGCUUCUAGUUGGAGUAGGGCCUUACUGACCAUGCGUGGAAAAUUAAAGGGAACGGAGUGGGAUCCUGAGAAUUCGCACAAAAUUAAUUUUAGCGAUUUUUGGACACUUCUUAAUUCGAGCAAUGUCCAGUUCAUUGAGUACUCAAAUUAUGGUCAGACAAUGUCAGUUAUUUUACCAUAUUACAAGGAUGAAACAAGUGGAAGUGCGAAGAAUGAAAUAAUUUUCCGGCGUCAUGUGAUUGAUCGUAUGCCUAUUGAUUGUUGGAACGAUGUUUGGAAGAAGUUACAUCAACAAGUAGUAAACGUUGAUGUAAUUAAUGUGGAUGCAGUCCCUGCAGAAGUCUAUUCAUCUGUUGCAACUGCAGUGAUUUGGUCUAUGCGGCUAGCACUCUCUGUUGCAUUGUAUCUUUGGAUUGAUAACUUGACGAGACCAACAUAUGCAAAGUUGAUACCUUGUGAUUUGGGAGUGCCUAAAAAAAUAACUAGACUACCACUCAAGCGCCGUGCACUAGGAUCUUUAGGAAAGAGUCGGGCAAAAUUUAUAUCAGCAGAAGAAACUACUGGUGUUACUUUCAGUGAUUUUGCUGGGCAGGAGUAUAUAAAGAGGGAGUUGCAAGAGAUUGUACGAAUUCUCAAAAAUGAUGAAGACUUCCAAGACAGGGGCAUCUAUUGCCCAAAAGGAGUACUGCUCCAUGGGCCUCCUGGAACUGGUAAAACGCUGCUAGCUAAAGCUAUUGCUGGUGAAGCUGGACUUCCAUUCUUUGCUGCAAAUGGAACGGAUUUUGUAGAGAUGUUUGUGGGAGUGGCAGCCUCCCGUGUGAAGGAUCUUUUUGCUAGCGCCAGGUCAUAUGCACCUUCCAUUAUAUUUAUUGAUGAGAUAGACGCCAUUGGUAGCAAACGUGGUGGACCUGAUAUUGGUGGAGGUGGAGCAGAAAGGGAACAAGGCCUACUUCAAAUAUUGACUGAGAUGGAUGGAUUCAAGGUUUCUACUGCACAGGUGCUAGUUAUUGGUGCAACAAAUAGACUUGAUAUUCUUGAUCCUGCUUUGUUGAGAAAGGGGCGUUUUGAUAAAAUUAUUAGGGUUGGUUUGCCAUCUAAAGAUGGAAGAUUGGCCAUAUUGAAGGUGCAUGCGAGAAAUAAAUUUUUUCAGUCUGAGGAGAAUAAGGAGGCUCUACUCCAAGAAAUUGCUGAGCUAACUGAAGAUUUCACUGGGGCAGAAUUGCAAAAUAUAUUAAACGAAGCUGGAAUUUUGACUGCUAGAAAGGAUUUGGACUAUAUUGGACGUGAAGAGUUGCUUGAAGCAUUAAAAAGGCAAAGGGGUACCUUUGAAACUGGUCAGGAAGAUAGUACUGAAAUUCCGGAAGAGUUGAAACUAAGAUUGGCAUAUAGGGAAGCAGCCGUUGCUAUUCUUGCUUGCUAUUUUCCAGAUACCCACCGUCCAUUCAUUGAGACAAAUAUAAAGUCAAUCCGUAGCCAGCCAAAUAUGCGUUAUGCUGAAACUCCAGGGAGAGUGUUCUCAAGAAAACUAGAUUAUGUUAAUUCCAUUGUGCGUGCAUGUGCUCCACGGGUAAUUGAGGAGGAAAUGUUUGGGGUUGAUAACUUGUGUUGGAUCUCUUCAAAGGCUACGUUAGAAGCUUCAAAGUUGGCAGAAUUUUUGAUUCUGCAGACAGGGAUGACAGCUUUUGGUAAAGCAUACUACAGGAAUCCUGGCGAUCUUGUUCCAAAUCUUGCAUCCAAACUUGAAGCACUUCGUGAGGAAUACUUGCGUUAUGCUGUGGAAAAAUGUUUUUCUGUUUUGAGAGAAUACCAUUCCGCUGUAGAGACAAUCACAGAUAUUUUACUUGAGGAGGGAGAGAUUCAAGCUGAGGAAAUUUGGGACAUAUUUGAAAAGCGUCCUCGAUUUCCACAGCCUUCUGUGCGUCCAAUUGAUGAACAUGGAGCUCUGCUGUAUGCUGGACGGUGGGGAAUUUAUGGAGUUACACUGCCUGGAAGGGUUACAUUUGCACCUGGAAAUGCUGGUUUUGCCACUUUUGGUGCGCCUAGACCUAUGGAGACACAAGUUGUUAAUGACGAAACUUGGAAACUAAUUGAUGAUAUCUGGGAAAAGAGGGUUCAGGAAAUCAAAGCUGAAGCUUCAGCAGAGGUUGAAGAAGACAAAGAGAAGCCACAGCUUCUGAUGGCCAGUCAUUUCCUUUGAAUUCUUGCAGAUCAUAGUGGGAUCCUAAAUGUUUGCAGUAAAUGCCAGCCAGAUUCCUGAAAGUCUAGAAAUUUGCAUCCUUGAUGACUAUGUAUUUUGGUGACUUUGUGGGUGCUUUUAUUUUACGCAGAUGAUGAUGGCUUGGAAAAAUUGCACAUUUCAGAUUUAUAUUGCUGGAGACUUUGUGGAUUCUUAUAUGCCAGUAAAGAUGAUGCAAUAAUUUUGUUUUAGGCUGUGAGAAGUUGCUGAAGUUACGUGGUUUAUGCAGACUAUAACUGAAUUACUGGAAUUGUCUUUCAGCCUGAGUUAGCAUCACUGAGAAGAGGCAGUUGUUUGUAGUAGCCCCUGUAAAUUGUACCAUUAGUUCAUCGGGUCGUUUAAAUUUUUGUCGAUCACAAAGUUCUGUACACACCACAUCAUAACAUUUACCAAUGAGAAAUAUUAUCUUCCCUUGAUCAACUUGGAAGAAGGGGAUUGUGAUAACUGGAGAAGUGGGCAAAUAAAUAUUGAAAAAAGAA